AAGUUGAAUCGUUUCCAUGCUUAGUCGUUCGUGGGUGGAUUGCCCCAUUGAGGUUGCUCCAGUGCACCGGCCGGGUUUAGCUAGGGUAGCUAUCACAAGUGUCUUAAAAUAGCAUUGACCUUAAAAUGUCUCAUCCAGCACCAUUCGACAAGCCUUCAAACCCUGAAAACUCCCGUGUCUUUCUCGAUGUAGACAUCGAUGGAGAAAGAGCUGGCCGAAUAGUUUUGGAGCUGUUUGUCGAUAUCACCCCCAAGACCGCUGAAAACUUCCGGGCACUCUGCACUGGAGAGAAAGGCACUGGCAAAUCCACUGGGAAACCUCUACACUUUAAAGGAUGCCCGUUCCACAGAAUUAUCAAGAAGUUCAUGAUCCAAGGAGGUGACUUCUCCAACCAUAAUGGCACUGGUGGAGAGAGCAUCUAUGGGGAGAAGUUUGAGGAUGAAAACUUCCACUAUAAGCAUGACAAGGUGGGUCUGCUAAGCAUGGCCAAUGCUGGGCCAAACACCAACGGCUCACAGUUCUUCAUCACCACUGUCCCUACGCCGCACUUAGACGGAAAGCAUGUGGUCUUUGGACAGGUGUUAAAAGGGAUGGGAGUCGUGAAAAUACUGGAGUCCAUUGACACCAAUGACAAUGCCCCUGUAAAGCCAUGUGUCAUAGCAGACUGUGGUGAGCACAAGGACGGGGACAGCUGGGGCGUAGCCCCAAAUGAUGGAUCAGGAGACAUCCACCCAGACUUCCCUGAGGACUCUGACAUUGACUUUAAAGAUGUUGAUAAGGUUCUGUCUGUUGCUGAGGAUGUGAAGACUAUAGGAAACAACCUUUUUAAGAAUCGAGACUGGAAAGCUGCUGUCAACAAAUACAGCAAAGCCCUCAGGUACUUGGAGGUGAGUGGAGAUCAGCUGGAGGAGGAGGGGCAGCAGAAGCUGGAGCCCGUAGCCCUCAGCUGCUUCCUCAACACAGCAGCCUGCAAGCUGAAGAUGCAGCUGUGGCAGGAUGCUCUGGACACCUGCAAUGAGGCUCUACAGCUGGACCAAGUAAACACUAAGGCACUUUUCCGGAGGGCUCAGGCCUGGCAGGGGUUAAAGGAAUACAGCAAAGCCAUGACUGAGCUCAAGAAAGCGCAGGAAACAGCUCCAGAAGACAAAGCUAUCGUCAACGAGAUGAAGAAAGUCCAACUUAAAAUCCAGGAGGAGAAGGAGAAAGAGAAGAAGAUCUAUGCCAAAAUGUUUGCAUGAACAUUUCACCCAAUAAUACAGCUGCUAUUAGUGUUAUAUCAAUAUUUGAAGUUAUCUCUACAGGGGAAGCUGUACUUAUGAAGAGGAGAGUCUGUAACCGGGGGAAAUGUACAGUAUUUUCAGGUGACAGGCUCUGUGAUAUCUUCCCUUGAGUGAACUUCUCACUGUGUAUUCUUAUAAGGGAAUGGCUUGAGCUUGGAACCGACAAGAAUCUUCACUGUAAGGAAUAGUCUGACACCACUGCUCUGAAAAACUGUUUUUACUGACAGUAAAAGCUACGUUAUAUACUGCAUGUUGUAUUGUUUUAUAGGCAUUUUGUCCUCUGCCACAUCCAGUACAUCCAUUUGUUUGUAUUGUUAUUUUUACAAAAGUCAAUAAAUCAAAGGUCAACA